CGUCAGUUGGUACCCGUGUGUUCGUGUUUGUGAAAGAAAAUGUCAGCGGUUUGCUUCAAUUCCGUAUUUUCGUGAUAAUAGAGGAAAAUCUUUGCAUAGCAGUAAAUAACGAGUUUUCCAGAAGUCAACCAAGUGCUUUGGCAAUCUAAGUUUUAGGAUGUCUUGGCCGCAAUGGCAAGGGAAUGUCUCUCAGGGUGUAGGGGCGUUGCCUCUGAUGAAUGCAGCUAGUGGUGGCGGAACCGCCACCCCCUCAACUGCGAUGGGAAUUCAGUAUACGCAGGAACAGUGGCAGCAGGUCCAACAACAGAACUGGCAACAGUGGGCCCAAUGGCAGCAGCAGUACCAGCAAUGGCAUCAGCAAUAUGGAGCGGAAUAUCAGAAGACGCUGAGCGCGAUGACUAGUCAGGUACAGACAACGUCGGCGCCGCCUCCACUGCCGCAGGAGAUGAAACAGCCUCCUCUUCCGCCACCAGAGGAACAUACAACUAACGUUUAUCAGGUUAAAGCCGUCGGAGGUGGUUACACAGGUUAUACUACGGCGCCACCCCCAAAACCUCCAACCGGUUACAGUACGGAGCAACCGUGGAAGCAGCAUCUCAAUGACAAACCUGAGAUGGGCACGAAACGGCCCUACAGCACGCAAUCUAACUACCAUCAAGAAGUUAAACGCAACAAAUUCGAGCAGAAUUGGCAGCAGCAGGUGCAGACUAAUGCUCCGCCUCCACCGCCUCCGCAAACUGCUACCGAGGACCUCUCAGAGUCCGAGAAGAAGUUUAUGAAGCAAUUUGCCGAAUGGGAGGCACAGUUCAACAAAUGGAAGGAACAGAAUCAGGACCAUCCGGACAAGGCACAGUACAAGGAAUACGAGAAAAAGUGGGAGGCAUGGAGAAAUCAGUUGCUUGAUAGACGCGAGCAGAUGAGGAAGAGACGUCUAGGCACUUCCGACGCAAAGACGACAUUCGUACCGAACGUGAGCAAACCGCCUCCCAACAUCAACAAUGAGCCCUUGCAGUUUAAACCCAAACCUAUGGAUUAUCACAGCUAUCCGCACACGUCCACCUCCAACAACCAGGAGGACGUCAAUUUGUUCUCAACAGGCACUUUGGACGGCAUACCUGGUUUGGAUCUCGUUGGAACUGAAGUAGAUGAUCAAAGGGACAAGGACGUGGUGGUGCUCGACGAUGUUCCAAAACCCAAAGGCCCAGACCUGGAGGCGCUCUCCAAGAAUAUCAAUUCCAUACUGGGGGAUCAAAAGCUCUUAAACAUGCUGAGCCUUGUCACGAAAAACAUGAGCAAACCUUUGGAGGUGACAAAUCCGCCGCCACCCAUUCCUUUCGAUGAGGCCAGCCGCUCCAGCUUCAGUCACGACGAUACUUACAGAAACAACUACGAUGAAGGUUCGAAUAACUAUAGCCAGAACAAUUUUAAAUACGACAAUUUCCGGGACGAGAGUAACGAUUACAACCACGACAACACUUCAACAAACAUGUCAGACAACAAUAGGUACUCUCAGGAUAACUAUAGUGAAACCAGAUUCAGCGAUAACAAUAGGAGCAACAGUUUCGACAACAAUAGCAAGAAUAACAGUUUCGAUAAUAGAAGUAAUAACGGCGGAUUAGACAGCAGCAGACACGGAACAAACAAACCAGUCGAAGAUGUGAAACGGCAACAACAGUCCAAAAGCGAAAGUAUUUAUAGCAGCAAUAGUAGGAAAGAGUCCCCGGCGCCUCCACCCAAAGAAGAUGAUAUUUUGAUCAUUGAGAAUGUAGUGAACUACGACCACAAAACAAAAAAGACUGAUUUUGAGGUAAAUGUUGAACCACCUCGCCUGUUUGACUAUCGGCACAAGUCGGUGAACCGGAUCCCACUGCCUGAAAGGCCAAAAUGGCUUCACGAAACCUUCAAGAACAUCGUGGAAUUUGAACCAUCCAUCGUAAAGCAGCCCUACUGUCGUUACCCUCCGCCUCCCGCAGAUCGUUACGACUACCGUUCGCAUCGCUACGACGGAUAUGAUUCGUACAACAGUCGCAAUCGCUACGAGGAGAGGCGUUUCGAACCCUCGGCUCGCUACAAUCGAUUCCCUCAAGACGAGCAGCAGGUUGCCAACAGACAGCACGAGGAUUAUUCGAGAGUGCGACGAGGUGGAGACCACGAUUUCGAAUACAGGGGCCGCGAAUCGGUUCCUCCGCCGAAAUCCAAUACUGAAAAGUCUCACGUAGAGAAACAACACGUUACGUUGAUAGAUGAUGUGUUGAAUCCUCCGGGAAGAUUCAGACGGCCGCCUAGGAUAGUAAUUAUAUUGCGCGGACCGUCUGGUAGCGGAAAAACCUUUCUAGCUAAAUUAAUUAAGGAUAGAGAGGUGGAGAACGGAGGUUCUGCUCCGAGAAUUCUAUCGUUGGACGAUUAUUUUAUGGUGGAGCAAGAGAGAGAGGUCACAGAGGAUGGAAAGAAAAUCAAGGUGAAGGAAAUGGUCUACGAGUACGAGGAAUGCAUGGAACUCUCGUACCGAACCUCUCUGCUGAAAUCGUUUAAGAAAACCAUCACCGACGGUUACUUCCCGUUCAUCGUCGUUGAUAACAUGAACGACAAAGUAAAAUACUUUAGCGAGAUGUGGAGUUUUGCCAAGCAAAACGGCUUCCAGGUAUAUGUGUGCCAGUUGGAAUUGGACGUGCAGUUGUGCAGCAAGCGAAACACGCACAACAGAUCUUUGUUGGAGAUCGAAAAUACGGUGGCCGAAUGGGAAGAGACGCCCGUGCAUUAUGCUACUCUGGAUGCGACCAAUUUGAUCCAGGCAGGUUCUAUACCAGAGGUGGAAAUGGAGGAAAUCGACUCGCCUAAUGACAAUUUUGACGAUAUGGACGUCGAAGGCGAGGAACAAGCGUGUAAUAGCAGCAAGUGGGACAAUUUCGAGUGUUCCAUUAAUAACCUCGCCAAGCUCGAUGGGACGAGCAAACCGUUGCGACAUGCAGGAACAAUGGAAGACUACCUCCAAUUGGACGACGGAUGGGCACCAAAGCGGGGAUCCAUACCCGGACAAAAACGAGUGCGCUGGGCCGAUCUGGAGGAAAGGAAGAAACAGGAAAAGAUGAGGGCGAUCGGCUUCGUCGUCGGGCAGACGGACUGGGACAGAAUGAUGGACCCUACGCAAGGCAGCAGUGCCCUAACCAGAACCAAGUACAUAGAGCGCGUAAAAAGGUACUAAUUGAUACAUACCUUAUAAGUUGACUUAUCGGAAAUCUUAUAUCGAAAAUGUGAACAUGUGAAGAUAGUGAGGUGCAAAGAAGUAUUAUGCGAUUUACAAUAUUCUAGAUAGUUAUUAAUACUUUCUAUUAAGUUUAAUCGAUGCAUUAUUUUUUGUGUA